GGAAUCACACCAUGCCUCUGUAUCAGCCCGCCAACGUGGACACGCCUGUGUUGUCACAAUUUAGCCUCAAGGGCAAGAUUGCCAUUGUUACUGGUGGUUCCCGAGGCAUUGGCCUUCAGGUCGUCACAGGCCUGGCUGAGGCUGGAGCCGACGUCGCUUUCAUAUACAAAUCCAGCACGGAUACCGAGGAGACUGCGGCGAAGGUUUCAACGAAAACAGGAGCACAAAUUGCCGCCUAUCAAUGUGAUGUGACACACAGAGAAGAACUCGAGCGAACGGUGAACCAGAUUGUUGAAGAAUUUGGCCAUGGUCGACUGGAUAUCAUGGUAGCAAACGCAGGAGUGUGUCAGAAUGUCCCAUCUCUCGAAUACACCGAGAGCACUUGGCAAUAUAUGAACAGUGUCAACUAUGACGGUGUCAUGUGGACGGCGCUUGCAGCGGGCAAAAUCUUCAAGAAGCAAGGAAGAGGAAACCUAGUCAUUACCGCAUCCGUCAGCGCAGGGCUUGUCAACGUUCCUCAGACUCAGGCAGCAUACAACUCGUCCAAGGCUGGAGUGUUGCAGCUUGCGAAAAGUCUUGCUGUGGAGUGGACCGACUUUGCCCGAGUGAACUGCGUUUCGCCCGGAUACAUUUACACUGAAAUGAUGACACGGCAACCGAAGGAGCUCCUGGAUAAAUGGUUAGAUAUGAUCCCAGCCGGGCGAGUUUGCAAGCCCGAGGAGCUAAAAGGAGUUUACGUCUUCCUCGCCAGUGAUGCCUCUUGCUACAUGACUGGGUCCAAUGUUAUUAUAGAUGGCGGGUUUACUCUCCCGUAG